AUGGAUGCCGUCAAAAAUCAUCACAUCAAUAAUUUUCCUUUACAUGAGAUGAACUCUAUAAACAAUUUCCCCUUUUCUGAUCCAAAAGUUGAUGAGUUUAACCCAGCAAGAGAUCAAAGAUAUUGCCUAAAGCAGAUCGAAACCAAUAUAUCUGUCUCUCCAUUCCACCUUAGCGUGGUACCUGUUGAUGAUGGUUGA